AUGGCGAUGUUGGACGAGGUGGUCGCCGACGAGGAGAAGAGAAGACAAGCUCGAUGGAAUCUCAAACGGGCCAUGCAUGACAGAAGAAUCGCGGAUAUCGAGAGGGCUCUCAUUGCGGGUGAGGAAUGCUGCUUGUACCCGAUGGAGCUGGAACACGCAAGACACACACUAGUGGAGGCCAAGAAGGCAGAUGCCAAUCAGAAGCUCGAUCGAGCUUUGGCAAGUGCUGAUGUGGACGCCAUUUGCGAUGCCAUCAAUCAAGCUGCUUAUGCUGAUGUCAAUCCCGCCAGACUGCAGGCAGCCGAAGCAUCUUUGGAGAUGUUGAAGCGUCAGCAAGAUGCCAGAAUGCUUGUUUCCAAGGCGCAACGGUCCGGUGAUAUCCAGUUGCUGCAGCAGGCCAUCGACGACGCCACUGCAAUGGGUCUGCUGGACUCAGAGCUGACAGCAAUCAAGCGGAAGGUCCAGAGACUGGAAAUACAGGCAGAUGCGUUGAGGAAGCUUGAGGCUGCGAUACAAGGCAGAUCCAUCAUGGAGCUACGAGCAUGUCUGCUCUCAGCUGCUGCAGCAGGACUUCCAGCCACUGAUCUGCAGAGAGGGCGAGUAGUUCUCCAGCAGGAGGAGAAGAAGGCCGCUGCCCGAAUCGUGCUCAAGGAUGCACGCCUUGGCAAAAAGGCCUCUGCUGAAGGCCGCGUCCAAGACCUGCGCGAGGCUAUACAAGGAGGCAAAGCUGCAGGAAUGACGGCUGAGGAGCUUCAGCCCUUCGAGACAGCCCUGGAUCAGUUGCGACAGGAGGUUGCUGCCAGGCAGAUCUUGAAAGAGGCGGUAGAGAUUGCAACAAUUGAUGUCUUGAUGCCAGCUAUCGACGGAGCGAGAGCCGCCGGCAUUGAUGAGGAGGAUCUGGCGUUGGCGAAGCUCUUGGUUGAAGAUGCCUACAAGCCAGCGGCACGUGCAAAGCUGAAAGAGGCUGUUCAGAAGAGAGAUAUACCCACGCUACUGGCGGCCAUCGAGCAUGCCAAGGUCGUGGGCCUGUCCGUGAUGGCCAUUGCCGAGGCAUCAGAGGUCUUGAAAGAGGAGGAGCUGAAAGUGCAACUUCGGAAGCGGAUCCUGCGGCUCGACCGAAGUCUGAACCAGCAAGAGCUCCGAGCAGCGAUCAACAUCUCCGAAGUUAACGGCCUGACAAAAGCUGAGCUAGCUCCUGCUCGCCAGCAGCUGGCUGAGCUCGAGCAGCAAGCCGCUGCCACGACGAGACUCUCUACAGCCAUCGAGGCAGGAGAGAUCGUCGAAUUGCAGGCUGCUAUCAGAGAUGCGCGUGCCCUCAUUCAGAAAGUGCUCACACCAUGUGUGGCCGAGGAGCUCAUCCAAGAUGCAGAGAAGGCCUUGAGAAAGGAGAUUGAGCAGGCAGCACGAGACAUGCUCUAUGACUCAGCAGGGCAGAGGGCUCCAGUCUUAGAGCCUCAGUGCUGCGAAGUGUCGGCGGCGCUGGAGGCCAUCGGCGUGGACGUGGGAUCCAGACCCGGCCGGGCGGCGAGCCUCAGGUCCGCGGGCCCUUCCGCGGUAUCCGCAGUCCCCGGUUCUGCCUUUGCAGAAGAUGAAGAUUGA